UUUUUCUCUCCCCAAAAUAAAAAACAGGACUUUACCAUCUCUUUUUGGCAAUAAAAGCAGAACGCACGGUCGCAGAAAGAAAAAGAAAGUAGUAAAGAACAAAAAGCCAGCAAGCAAUUUUCUAAAAAAAAGAUCGAUACACUUUUUUUCAGUUUAUCACAAGGUGUACGGUUCGCCUUUUUUUAGUCCAGAGCAGUGCCCAGUCUAUCCCAAACAACAAACACACCUUCCCCCCUCCCUUUUUCCUCUUCUUUCUUUUUUGUUUUACAAAUUUAUAUUCUUUCUCUAAAUUUUACCUCAUUUUUCUUCUUUAUUUUAUUUUUAUUUCUUUAAACCACACAAAACCAAAUGAACAGUGGUCUAUUCUACUGCUCCUAUAUUUUAAAGCUGCAGCUGCCCAACGUAUCAUUCGGUCAGAACUCACUCGCAUUCCUCUCCCCGCUCUAAAUUAGAAAAACAUAUAGCAAUGGUAUCUGUAGCCACCUACCACAACACCCCAGGAGGUGUUAGUGGUCGUAAGGGUUUAGGAAAGCUCACUCCCUUGGCUAAUAGCUUUUCGCUAAUCCAGUAUAACAACAGCGUUCGUUUUCUCAUCAUGGAUUGUCCGACUGCCAGUACCAUUCCGCUUUAUCUAAAGGAGUUUGAUAGGCUGAAUGUCAAGGAUGUCGUUCGUGUUUGUCAGCCGACGUAUGAGAAGGACGUGUUGCUCGAAAAACAUAUUGUUGUUCAUGAUUUACCAUUCCAAGACGGUGAUGUGCCUCCUUCGUCGGUCAUUAAGGAGUGGCUUGCGCUUGUGAAUGCACGUGUCGCCAGUGCUGCAGAGGAAGUCGCAUUUACUGAACAGCCUGUUCCCACCACUAUUGCCGUUCACUGUGUGGCUGGACUUGGCCGUGCCCCUGUUCUCGUAGCCGUCGCGCUGAUUGAAAGUGGAAUGGAUCCUCUGAAUGUCAUCGAGCUAGUUCGCAGUAAACGCCGUGGCGCAUUCAAUAACCGACAGAUCACUUACCUAGCAGACAAUUACAAGCGGUCAUCGGCAUCAAAGAGCGCAAUGAGAUUGCGUCAGAACCCUUUGGCUGCUGCUGUAAGUGGAGUUGGAGCCUCGAGAUCUCAGGCUACUAGCGCUGCUGUUACGCCUCAGCCGCAGAUACCGCAGAUUAAGGAUUCAGAGGAAGAGAAUACGCUUAAUUCUCCCGUAUCUGUCACUCCCAAACCCUCUUUCUUCCGGAAAAUAUUCAGCCUUUUCUCUUAAAUUAGUGUAAGGAAUUGGGGCUGGAAGGAACUGAGAGUUUACAUAUAUACGAUAGACUAUAUUUAUUUU